AUGUCUCUCUCGACUGCCUAUCCCGUUGACGGACAGGUCAUCGACAUCGGUGGCUCGUCCAUCAACCUGACCUUCAUCGACGACCAGCUUCCCAGGGCUUUCCUCGGUCAGGGUGACUUCCCCAAGGAAGUUGCUUACACUACGGGCAUGGCCCAGUGGAACGCCAUCGCUGAUAAGUCUUAUCAAACCACCGACGAAAUGUCGAUCAUCAAGGCCACAGCCAAGCAGGUUGUCCAACAACUCAAGUCUGGAACCCACAUUCUCGAUCUCGGUGCUGCCAACUCAAAGAAGUUUGAGCCCUACGUUCACGAAUUCAUCGCCCAGGGUAAGGAGUGCGUUUACGUCGCUCUUGAUCUGUCUCAUGCCUCCCUUGUUGAGCACAUCGCCAAGGCCAAGGCCACUUUCCCCGGUGUCAAGUGUAUUGGACUUUGGGGCUCUUUUCAACAAGGUGACGUCUAUUUUCGGCAGACCCGCCCUACUGCACGCCUCUUCCUUUCCCUUGGAAGCAUUUUCUACAAUGCUCCUGACUCCAUGGCUAAGGAUCGCUGCGUGGAAUUCAAGGAACACAUGACUCCCGUCGAUCGUCUCAUUGUCGGCCAGGAUGGACCUACCGGCGCCGAGAGCAGCCAGACGCACGCUGCCUACAACACUGUCGAAUAUGAUGCAUUCUUUACUACCUACCUCCAGGGUCUUCAGGAUCACGCUGGUAUUGUUGGUGCCAAUCCCAAGACUGCUUGGACUGUUGAGAGCAAGCUCAACAAAGCCAUGCACUACUUCGACGUAACUGCCAACCACGACAUGCAGUGCACCAAGUUAGGUAUCAACGUCGCCUCUGGAACUGUGUUCCAGAUGUUCAAGUCUUGGAAGCGCUAUGAGGCCGAAAUCCACGAGCUCACCAACGAGGUUGGUCUUGAGAUUGAGACUCUUGGCAAGGCUGAGGGUUCUGGCAUGUGUCAGUACAUCAUCAAGGCUGCUGAGAACUAA